AUGCUCGAACUCAAGCUGCUGCUCUUCCUGCUACUGACCUACGCCCCGGACGUGCUCGCGGCGCCGUCGCAGGUCCCCAUCCAGGUCCCGGAGACGAGCACGAAGCGGAGGCUGCAGGGCAGGUUUCUACACAUAACGGAUAUGCACCCGGACCCGUACUACAAGGAGGACGCGUCGGAAAAGUCGGCGUGCCACAGGCGAAAACCAAAGAAGGCGCGACCACGCUCGGGGUACUAUGGGAUGCCGUACAGUCAAUUGACUGAUGGGGAGAAUAGCAAUUGCGACUCGCCUCCGACCUUGACGAACUUUACGCUGGACUACCUGGACAAGGAGUGGAGUAAGGAGAUCGAUUUCGUAGUACACGAUAGUGACCGGAAGAGACCUCGCACGACAAAUGAGAUAUACAUGCUCAAUAGAGCUAUGGCGAGGAGGAUGGAGGAGGUCUUCCUCAGCAAGGGUAUACCCGUGAUCCCAAGUAUUGGCAAUAACGAUGUGUGGCGUCCGAACAGCGUCACUUCCGAGUUCUCUUCCAUCUGGCGCAACUUCGUGCCUUUCGAGUCCUACCAGGUCUUCCAGCGCGGCGGCUACUUCGCCGUCGAAGUCGUCCCUGAGCAGCUCGCCGUCGUCAGCCUGAACACGAUGUACUUCUACGACUCGAACAAGGCUGUGGGAGGGUGCGAGGACGGUGAUCCGGAGGACCCCGGGAACCUCCAAUUUGACUGGCUCGAGGUGCAGCUCGACAGGUUCCGGCGGCGAGGCAUGCAGGUAUGGCUCAGCGGACACGUACCACCGUCUGCAGCCAACUUCUUCCCCGACUGUCAUGUUCGGUACACCGAGCUGUCGUUGCAAUACCAGGACACCAUCCUCGGACAUUUGUACGGAUUCUUCUUCCUGGAUGCCGAGCACGUUCGAAGCAAGCCAGACAAGGAGGCUUUGACAUCUGGCAUGCACGACGAGCUGCGCCUCGGGAAGAAGAAGCACAGGCAGCUGUACAACACGCUUUUGAAGGACUUUGACGACCUGCCGAAGACGAAGCACAACGCGAGCUACGACGACUACGGGGUGGUGAACGUAUCGCCGUCCCUCGUGCCCAAUCCGUACCUGCCAUCGUUCCGGAUCUUCACGUAUAAUACAACCGGAGCGGCAUACGAGCCCGCCCUGGAGUCGGGUGCGGCGUGCGAUGAUGCAAGUGGCCGAAACGCCUGGCGGUGCGACGUGGCAAAGCCGUGGCACGCCAGCCCAGACUCGCCGUCGCGGACGAACAGGCUAUGGACGCCGCUGGGCUAUGCGCAGUACUAUCUGCCGGACCUGGAGAGCGCCAACAAGAAGCAUGCGCCGAAGGUGAAGCUGGAGUACCUGACGUUCGCGCGGGGGGCGCUGCACCCGCCACCCGGAGGCGAGGGCGGGUUCCGGUACCCAAUCCCGCUGCGCCAUCUGCCGAGGACACUGAGGAACGCGACGGGCGAGGGGGCUGGAAGGUCGUGGGCGGGCCUGGGGCGGCGGCUCGCGGCGGGGACGGAGAAGGCGCUGAGGAAGCGGUUCCGGGGGUUUAUGUACAUGGGCGGGGACGAGGCGUGGGUGGUGUAG